AUGUUUAUUGACAAAUCAAUUACUGUUAAUAAAUGGGCAACGGAAUUAGAUCCAAUGUAUUCAACCUUAUCAACAUCAAAAAGAAAUAAAAUGAUACAUUACGCAAUAUAUGAUUGUUUUGCAGCAACAUGUUUAAUCCGACCUGUUACAUUAUAUUGGACAUUUCAACAGGUAACAAAAAUUAAUAUUCUUGAUUCAUUUCAGGUAUUACCAUCAUCAUCACGAGCAAAUAACAAUCCAACAAAUACAAAUAUUAAUCAACAAAUAAUUAAGAAUAUUAAUGAUGAUAUUGGAUUAAUCUCCGAUGAUGAUGAAAUAACAGUUAAUCAAUGUAUUAAAAUUACUAUUAAUAAUGAUAUGUUAUAUGAAGAAAUUUCAAAUGAUGAUAAUGAAUUAAAUAAAGCAUUACCAUCAAAUAAUAAUGAAUCAUUAUAA